CACAGGCCCCGGAUAUUUGUGUCAGCGCCCCCGCCGCCACCGUCCCAGCCGAUGGGUCGGGACACACGUUCGCGCUCACGGUCGGCCGGUCGCAGGGGCCGAAGGCAGCGGAGUCGGAGCCGAAGUCGGAGCAGAAGCCAUGGGCGGCGAAACCGGCGGCGCCGGGAUGACGAGGGGCGGCGCAGGCGAAGACGGAGGAGCCGGGAGCGCAGGUCGGAUUCAGAUGAAGAGCGGUGGCGGCAGCGGCGAGGCAGGCAGAGCCGGAGCCCCCCACUGCCCCGAUGGCGCGUGCAGGACGGGUCCUCUCAGUCCGACUCGGGUGAUGACCGGCAGCAGCAGCAGCGGGGCCGAUGGGCCCACCGCCGCCGGCGGGCGCGCUCCUGGUCCCCAGGCUCCUCCACAUCCGGCUCUGCGUCCCCAGACUGCUCUCGGAGCCCCGGGGAGGCGGCGGCAGCCCUGAGCCAGCAGCAGAGCCUGCAGGAGCGGCUUCGGCUGCGGGAGGAGCGGAAGCAGCAGGAGGAGCUGAUGAAGGCCUUCGAGACGCCCGAGGAGAAGCGCGCCCGCCGGCUGGCCAAGAAGGAGGCCAAGGAGAGGAAGAAGCGGGAGAAGAUGGGCUGGGGCGAGGAGUACAUGGGCUACACCAACACCGACAACCCCUUCGGCGACAACAACCUCCUGGGCACCUUCAUCUGGAACAAGGCCCUGGAGAAGAAGGGGAUCAGCCACCUGGAGGAGAAGGAGCUGAAGGAGCGGAACAAGAGGAUCCAGGAGGACAACCGGCUGGAGCUGCAGAAGGUGAAGCAGCUGCGGCUGGAGCGGGAGCGGGAGAAGGCCAUGCGGGAGCAGGAGCUGGAGAUGCUGCAGCGGGAGAAGGAGGCGGAGCACUUCAAGACGUGGGAGGAGCAGGAGGACAACUUCCAUCUCCAGCAGGCCAAGCUCCGCUCCAAGAUCCGCAUCCGAGAUGGGCGGGCCAAGCCCAUCGACCUGCUGGCCAAGUACAUCAGCGCCGAGGACGACGACCUGGCUGUGGAGAUGCACGAGCCCUACACCUUCCUCAACGGCCUCACUGUGGCCGACAUGGAGGACCUGCUGGAGGACAUCCAGGUGUACAUGGAGCUGGAGCAGGGCAAGAACGUGGACUUCUGGCGGGACAUGACCGUCAUCACAGAGGAUGAGAUCUCUAAGCUCCGCAAGCUCGAGGCCUCGGGCAAGGGCCCAGGUGAGCGGCGAGAGGGGGUCAACGCCUCGGUGAGUUCCGACGUGCAGUCAGUCUUCAAGGGGAAGACGUACAGCCAGCUGCAGGUCAUCUUCCAGGGCAUCGAGGGCAAGAUCCGAGCCGGGGGCCCCAACCUGGACAUGGGCUACUGGGAGAGCCUGCUGCAGCAGCUGCGUGCCCACAUGGCACGUGCCAGGCUCCGUGAGCGGCACCAGGACGUGCUGCGGCAGAAGCUGUACAAGCUGAAGCAGGAGCAAGGGGUGGAGAGUGAGCCCCUGUUCCCCAUCCUCAAGCAGGAGCCACAGUCUCCCAGCCACAGCCUGGAGCCUGAGGACCCGGCCCCCACCCCACCUGGGCCCUCCUCAGAGGGCGGCCCCGCGGAGCCGGAGGGGGAAGGGGCGGCGCCCACAGAGGGUGAGGCGGACGGAGAGGCAGUGCUCAACGAGGAGGACCUGAUCCAGCAGAGCCUGGAUGACUACGAUGCCGGCAAGUACAGCCCGCGGCUGCUCACGGCCCACGAGCUGCCGCUGGACGCCCACGUGCUGGAGCCAGACGAGGACCUGCAGCGCCUGCAGCUGUCCCGGCAGCAGCUCCAGGUCACAGGCGAUGCCAGCGAGAGCGCAGAGGACAUCUUCUUCCGGCGGGCCAAGGAGGGCAUGGGCCAGGACGAGGCACAGUUCAGCGUGGAGAUGCCGCUGACCGGCAAGGCCUACCUGUGGGCGGACAAGUACCGGCCGCGCAAGCCGCGCUUCUUCAACCGUGUGCACACGGGCUUCGAGUGGAACAAGUACAACCAGACGCACUACGACUUCGACAACCCGCCACCCAAGAUCGUGCAGGGCUACAAGUUCAACAUCUUCUACCCCGACCUCAUCGACAAGCGCUCCACGCCCGAGUACUUCCUGGAGGCCUGCCCCGACAACAAGGACUUCGCCACCCUGCGCUUCCAUGCCGGGCCGCCCUACGAGGACAUCGCCUUCAAGAUCGUCAACCGUGAGUGGGAGUACUCCCACCGCCACGGCUUCCGCUGCCAGUUCGCCAACGGCAUCUUCCAGCUCUGGUUCCACUUCAAGCGCUACCGCUACCGGCGGUGACACCCCGGCCUCCUCUCGGCCCCCCCUCUGGGACCCAGAGAGCCGGCGGGGGGCGUGAGGGGCCUGCAGUCCCCUCUGGCUGGGCCUUGUCCUCACAGGGCCUCCCUUCCCCGGCGUGAGCACGGGCCACGGGAGAGCCUGCCUCAGAGAGCUGAGGGGGCGAUGGGAUCGGGGGGUGCUGAUGGGGUUGUCAGAGCCCAGGGAACCCAGCACGUGUCCACCGGCCUCAGUUCUCUGACCGCCGCCCGAGCCCCAUCUGAGACAGACCUCACGUGGCGUGCCCUGAGCUGGGGCUGCAGGGGGCUCACCAGGGGCAGGUCACUGAGUCCAGAUCGUCGAUCAGUCCCUAGACACAGCUGGCAGCUGCAAGACCAGCAGGACCGGAGCUCCAGGCCCUUCCCGCAGGCUGCCUUCCUCGGACCCGUGAGUGCACCUUCCAGGAGCGUGCAUCCGGGACACCUGGGCUCUGCGGUCCCCCCAGCUCGCCCCUGGUGCUGGCCAGGUCGGUCUCCUCCACCCUCAGGUCUGGGAACCAAAGGUCACUGGGACAUCCUUCCACAGCCACUGAGCACAGGGGCUCCGUGCCCCACCUGGCCUGGGCCCUCAGAUGUCCCUCCACAGCGGGACGGCUGUGUUCCUCAGGGCUGCCUCCCAGCCACCACAGAGCCACCCUCGUCCCCGCGUCUCGGACGGGGACAGGUGCGGGCCGGACAGGUGCGACCACUCAGCCAGCCACCGACUGUCAGCAGUCCACCAGGCAGGCCGAGCUCAGAAGCAGAUUUCAUGUUUUCUUACGUACACAUCUCCAGCCCAAAGUGGGGGAGCUCUGGCGGGCCCCGCCCAGACCCUCGCGCCGUCUGGAGGCACUGCAGGCGGUUUCUCUGCAGACUUUUUUAGGUGUAGGGGAGGGGGGUGGAAUCCUGUUUAUUUUCAUUUAAUUGGUCUACUGGUGAGAUUGCAUGUUUUUUUAAUAAAUGUUUUAUUUUAGAA